AUGCAUCUACGGUAUCUUGACCUGUCUCGCACUUGCAUCACCAGCUUGCCUGAAUCAACAACCACUCUUUACAAUUUACAAACAUUGCUGUUAGAAGAUUGCCCAUGUCUAGAGAAACUACCUUCAACAUUUGGGAACCUGGUCAACUUACGUCACCUCAGUAUUUUACAAGCAAGAUCACUAAAAGCAAUGCCUCUGCAUAUAGGCAAAUUAACUUGUCUUCGAACGUUGUCUGAUUUCAUUGUGGGAGAAGAUUGUUGCUCGGGGUUGAAGGAGCUAGGGUCUUUGUCCUAUCUUCGAGGGACACUCUCCAUUUCAAAAUUGGAGAACGUGAUUGUGCCAGAGGAUGCAAGGGGCAUGAAUUUAAGUGGUAAGCCGAACCUUGAUGGGUUGUCAUUGGGAUGGAGUGAAGACAUUAAUGACUCCAAGGACAGAACGAGUGAAAAGGAGUUUCUUAACAUGCUACAGCCUCACAAAGUUUUGAAAGAACUGACUAUUAGAUGCUAUGCGGGUGCAGAAUUUCCGACAUGGUUAAACCGCCCUUCCCUUCCUAAUCUCGUGUUCUUAACUAUUGAAAAUUGUAAAAAGUGCACAUCAUUGCCCCCAUUGGGGAAACUUCCAUCACUCAGAGUCCUUUCGAUUGAGGGUAUGGCUAGCAUGAGGAGUAUGGGUCCUGAAGUUUGUGGGGAUGGCUCAUCACAACCUUUUAGAUCCUUGGAGACUCUAAAUUUCAAGAAUAUGGUGGAGUGGGAGAACUGGAGUCCUUGUGAAGCAUUCUCAAACUUACGUGAGCUCUCUAUUAAAAAUUGUCCCAAGCUGUUGGGAAAUAUACCAAACCACCUUCCUUCACUUGAAAAUGUUGAGAUAGAUGGAUGUUGUCGGAAGUUAGUGGUCUCAGUUUCAAGCUUUCCAGAUCGAUGCAAAAUAAAAUUUGAGGGAUCAGAAGGGGUGGUGUGCGGAAGAGAAGUUGAUUUUAGCUCGCUGAAAUUGAUGCAUCUUUCAACAAUUUCAGAAUUUGAGUCUCAAAUGAAGGUGUUAAUUACAAUGGGUGGGUUGGCAAAUGUACAAAAAUUAGUGGUUGAUGGAUUCAAGGAACUGACGCAUUUGUGGUCAAAUGAGGUGGGAUCAUUUCCGCAUCUCCCAAGUCUUCGUUAUCUGGAGGUUUCUGAUUGUCCAAAACUAGUUUCGUUGGUAGCUAAAGGCCAGCUGCCUCCAACUACUCUAAAGGAACUACGUAUACGGAAUUGCAAUAAUAUUCAGAUUUUGGUGGAGGAGGAUGACACGGCCAACAGCUGCGGCAACAGCGAUGACAGCAGCAGAUCUCAUGAUCUUCGGGAUUUGUACAUUUCCAACUGUCCAUCCCUCAAAUCCGGUGAAUUACCAACAACACUUCAAACAUUAUGGAUUUGGUCAUGUCCAGAGCUAGAGUCAAUAGCGAAGGAAUUACAUCAUAAUUCAUUGCUUAAAUCCAUUGCCAUUUCUGGUUGCGGAAACCUUAAAUCCUUACCCACCGGUAUACACUGUCUCAGCCAUCUAAGCAAUAUUGAAAUUCGGGAUUGUCCAAGUCUCGAUUUCUUACCGGACGGUGAGUUGCUCCCUGCCAACCUGACAAGGCUUCGUGUUGACAGCUGCGAGAAAAUGCAAGCGGUGGUCAAUCGCAUACACACUUGCACCUCUCUUCAAGAUUUGAGGAUGGCGAAAUGUCCAAGAGCACUUGAAUGCUUUCCAGAAGAAGGUUUUCCCACCAACCUAACAUCUCUUCAGAUCGAUGAUAGCAGUAUCGCUCAGGGCUUGUUUAAGUGGGGGUUGCACAGGAUUACCUCUCUCAAAGUUCUUAAAAUUUGCGAUGUAACUUCGCACCUGGUAUCCUUUGCACAGAUGAAGCUGCCCACUUCUCUAAUCGAGUUGACCAUCAGUAAGUUUCCAAAUCUGGAAUACUGGUCUCCCGAGGGCUUUCGUAACCUCACAUCACUUCAAGUCCUGGAAAUCAGCAAUUGCGAAAAACUCGCGUCCUUACCAAAGGAGGGCCUACCUCCCUCACUCCGAAAACUUUGGAUUAUUGAUUGUAAAAAGUUAACGUCAUUUCCAACAAACUGCCUGCCUCUCUCACUCUUGAGGUUUUAUAUCGACAGAUGUCCUGAUUUGGUAGAAUGGUGCAAGAAAGAACGAGGACGGGAGGGGUCUACUAUAGCCCGCAUUCCCCAUGUAGUCCUAGCUUAA